AUGUUCUGUAAGGAAGGAAUUGAAGUUGAUCACGAAGGCACUUAUCUUUUAUGUCUGUGCCGACAAUGUGAAUCGUCUUUGCGCGCUUCUCGGAUUCCACGUCUUGCACUAGCCAACAAUUUGUACCGUGGUAAAUUGCCCGUUGAAUUUGGCGAUUUGACAUGGGUCGAAGAAAUGAUCUGUGCUAUAUUUCGUGGGACUGCCCAUAUAACCCGACUUUUUCAAUCUUCUGAUCCUGCUACUCCGCGUGUGAUGUAUGGUAAUACUUGUGCCCAUGGAAUGAAUGUUGUCUCAACUGCAUCAGUGUUACCGAGGACUCCAGCAGAUGUCAAUUACGCACUUUCUGUUGUUUUUGUUGGUAGUCAACAGUUCGAUCCGGCACGUCUCUAUUCGUUGUUUCGUGUUCGCAAGUCUAAAGUUUGCAGAUUUCUUGUGUUUCUAAAGAGGCACAAUCAUCUGUAUGAUAACAUUCACAUUGAUGUCUCUCGACUGGAGUUGUUCCCCGACGAUGGUCCGUUGCCAGGCAUUCAUGAUCGGGUUAUUCAUCACCGC